AUGGCCCGGCUCUCGGUCAAGGAGCACCUGGACGGGAUCCUCUCUGACUUCGAAGCGCUCAAGAAGUCGUUUGAGGCAGAGGACACAGAGGAUGUGGACGAGGUGCCCGGCUCCCCUGCUGCAUCCCCAUUGCCCUCGGGUGCCGUCGAGAGCCACCGCUUGCUGCAGCCCAGCCCCGCGCCCCGCAUGGGCACGGGCCCUAGCCCGUCCCACAGCCCGCUGCUGCGGAGCCGGCUCAGCACCAGCCUCGCCGUCAGCCAGGGCCCCAGCAGCAGCGCCAUUGCCCGCGUCGCCUCCUUCCAGACCCGCCCGGGGCCGGGCAGCGACGGCGAGAGCCUGCGCAGCUCCUCCUCCAGCCUGGAGAGCCCCGCGCCCUCCCAGCCGCCAGGUGCCCCCCCGGCCACCAGCCACGGCCUGAAGAAGGUGCCGUCCCACAGCAGCGUCUUCCCGGCGGAGCCAGAGCGUCCCCUCCACGUGGCCACCGGCCAUGGCUCGCUGCCAGCGCUGGACCUGCACAUCGCCGAGGAGCCAGGGGUCCCCCCACCGGCCUCGCGCCCCCCGCUGCCGUGGGGUGCCCGCAGCCCCACCUCCCAGCCCUGUGCCCACCGGCCUUCCUCCCCCUCUUCCUCCUCUUCACCCACCGAGGUGGCCCCGGGGCCACCCCAGACGCAGCUCAGGGUCUGUCUCAGCGCCAGCCCCCGCCUGGCCCGCCCGCCCCCCCGGGGCCCAGGGGACACCACCCUUGCUGCCACCAUGGCCACCGACCCUGGCGAGGCUCUGUCCCUGCUGCUGCCCCCCCAGGCAGCCCCCUUCAAGCUGGUGUCCCAGCCACAGACGGUGCAAGUGAGCUCCCAGCCCACCUUCCUCGGGGGGCUGGUGCUGGUGUCGGGGACCUCAGCAGCACCAAGGGAUGGCAGUGGCACCAGUCCCCCCAUGGGGAAGGCCUCCAGUGCCAGCUCAGUGGGGCCACAGGGGCCCAGUGAGGCUGCAGACGGCUGCUGCACCCCAGGGACGCCAGAGCACGGGAGCAGCCUGGAGCCACAGGAGAGCAGCAUGGAGGCGCCGGCCAUGCUCGAGGAGCUGCCCCCCGGCGCUGCGCCCGGCAAGGGGGCGCAUGAGCUCUUCGGCUACGUGGGGAUCGAAGCCGUGCUCGACCAGAUGAGGGUCAAGACCAUGAAGACGGGCUUCGAGUUCAACAUCAUGGUCGUCGGGCAGAGCGGGCUGGGGAAGUCCACGAUGGUGAACACCCUCUUCAAGUCCAAAGUGAGCCGCAAAGCCUCGCAGCCCGGCCAGGAGGAGCGCAUCCCAAAGACAGUGCAGCUGCAGUCGGUCACCCAUGUCAUCGAAGAGAAGGGUGUGAAGAUGAAGCUGACGGUGACGGACACGCCGGGAUUCGGGGACCAGAUCAACAAUGAGAACUGCUGGGACCCCAUCAUCAAGUACAUCAACGAGCAGUACGAGAGGUACCUGCGCGAGGAGAUCCUCAUCACCCGUAAGAGGAAGAUUCCGGACACCAGGGUCCAUGGCUGCGUGUACUUUGUCCCCCCCACGGGACACUGGCUGAGGCCCCUCGACCUGGAGUUCAUGCGGAGGCUCAGCAAGAUCGUCAACGUGGUGCCGGUGAUCGCCAAAGCCGACACGCUCACCCUGGAGGAGCGGGCAGAGUUCAAGCAACGGAUCCAGCAGGACCUGAAGGCCCAUGCCAUCAGCGUGUACCCGCAGGAGGACUUCGACGAGGACCCGGAUGACAGGUUGCUCAACAACGUGAUUCGGGAGAAGAUCCCGUUCGCCGUGGUGGGGGCGGACCAGGAGCACCAGGUGAACGGCAGGCGGGUGCUGGGCCGCAAGACCAAGUGGGGCAUUAUCGAAGUGGAGAACCCGAUGCACUGCGAGUUCCCCAUGCUGCGGGACCUGCUCAUCCGGUCCCACCUGCAGGAUCUCAAGGACAUCACCCACAACGUGCAUUACGAGAGCUACCGCGUGCGGCGGCUGAACGAGAGCAACCGGGUGGCGCUGAGCCCCGCCAAUGGGCUGCCGGGCAAGGACGAGGACGACAGCAACCUCUGA